AUGGUGCUGCGCUGCGACGGCCUGAGCUACUGGGCGCCGCGGCGGCGGGGCGCGCCGCCCUUCCGGAUCCUCCACGGCGUGUCGACGACGGUCGCGCAGCGGUCCAUCACGGCCGUCAUGGGGCCCUCCGGCAGCGGCAAGUCGACGCUCCUCGAGGUCGUCUGCGGCGCGCGGACCGCGGGGUCCAUCGCCGGCGACCUCGCGCUCAGCGGCGCGUCGCUGCUCGCGGGCGGGCCGUCGCGGCGGCUCCGCGACUGGUACCGGACGUCGUCGGCGUUCGUGCCCCAGCAGGACGUGUUCCUCGCGUCGCUCACCGUGCGCCAGUUCGCCGCGCACCUGGCGCUGCUCGUGCUGCCCGCGGGCCUGGAGACGGCGGCCAAGGCGCGCGCGGCCUACGAGCUCCUCGAGAGGGUGCGGCUCCACGAGGCGCUCGACACGCGGAUCGGCGACGGCGGCUUCCUGUUCCUCGACGAGCCGACGUCGGGCCUCGACGCGACGUCGUCGCUCGUGCUCCUCGCGUGCCUCGACGCCAUGAAAAACGGCGACGGCGGCAAGUGCGUCGUGCUCACGAUCCACCAGCCCCGCCAGGAGGUCUUCGACUACAUGGACCAGGUCGUCGUACUGGUCAAGGGCCGCGUCGCCUACGACGGCCGC